CCCUUUCAGCAUCCGAUCUUGCACGUGUACCUGAAUCUGAAUGGUACCAUAAUGUCGUCACUUGUAUGAGAGGUUUAAUUUCUCUCUAUAUGUCUGUAACAUCUCCCUUUUUUCUAGUUCUCACAUAUCCUGGGUUUCUGAUCAGUCAGUCAGGUGAAGCCUCAUACCUAGGGGUCUUGGUUCUCUGCAUAAAUAACAGUACAGUCCUCCUCCUCCUCCUCCCCCCGGCUGUUGCCCAGCCCUCUCUCGGCGGUUUUUCUAAAUUCUUGCCAAACAAAUAAAUAUCUUGGACGUUUCUUGGAAGUCCCGUCAUUGUUCCACCACGUCCCGCUUCUAGAACGCUAUCUACUUGCCUGCCUGUAACUUAUAUUCUAUGUCUCUACUUCCCUAAUCUUUCGUCCCGUCCGCCCGUCGGUUCCUAUCCACCCCUGCCUUUCCACCCACCGGCAUCGCGAGGGCUGAGUAAGAGACCUAUGCUGCGCACGCGCCGAGACUCCCGGGAAGAAAGUGAGAGGGAAUUAAGAAGAAAAAAAUUGAAUCAAUAAGAA